AUGGACGCCUGGCUCCCACAAGAAGUGAUCCGCCGCAAGCGCGACGGCCUCACCCUCAGCACCUCGGACAUCCAGCGCUUCGUCGCGGGCAUCACCGCCAAGACGCUCUCGGAAGGCCAGAUCGCGGCCUUCGCCAUGGCCGUCUACAUGAAGGGCAUGACGCUGGACGAGCGCAUCGCCUUCACGACGGCGGUGCGCGACUCGGGCCAGGUGCUCGCCUGGCCGCGCGACCUCGUGCCCGGCCCGGUCGUCGACAAGCACAGCACCGGCGGCGUGGGCGACUUCAUCUCGCUGCCGCUGGCGCCGCUGCUCGCGGCCACGGGCUGCUUCGUGCCCAUGAUCAGCGGCCGCGGCCUCGGCCACACGGGCGGCACGCUCGACAAGCUCGAGAGCAUCCCGGGCUACGUGGCGACGCCGGAGCCCGACACGUUCCGCCGCGUCACCGCCGACGUCGGGUGCUGCAUCAUCGGGCAGACGGCGGACCUCGCCCCCGCCGACAAGACGCUGUACGGCAUCCGCGACGUCACCGCCACGGUCGAGAGCGUCGACCUCAUCACCGCGAGCAUCUUGGGGAAGAAGCUCGCGGCGGGGCUGGACGUGCUGGUCAUGGACGUCAAGACGGGGAGCGGGGCGUUCAUGGCGAAGGUGGAGCAGGCGGAGGAGCUGGCCGCGUCGAUCGUCGCGGUGGCCAACGGCGCGGGGACGCGCACGCGCGCGCUGAUCACCGACAUGGAGGCGCCGCUGGCGCGGUCGGCGGGGAACGCGGUCGAGGUGGAGGAGGCGGUCGCGCUGCUGAAGGGCGAGGUGAGGAGCGAGCGGCUGUGGGAGAUUACGCUCGCGCUGGCGGAGGAGACGCUGGUCGAGGCGCGGCUGGCGGAGACGAGGGCGCAGGCGCGCGAGAAGCUGCUGGCGGCGUGGGAGGGCGGGGAGGCGGCGAAGCGGUUCGGGAGGAUGGUCGAGGCGUUGGGGGGCCCCGCGGACUUCAUGGACGACCCGGCGAAGUAUCUCCCCAAGGCGCCGGUUGUGGUGCAGGUGUUUGCUGAUCAGGACGGCGUGGUGGAGGAUGUGGACACGCGCUCUGUCGGCCUGGCGGUCGUCGCGCUCGGAGGCGGCAGGCGCAGGCCGCAGGACGAUGUCGAUCCUGCUGUGGGGUUCACGAAGCUGGCUUUCCCGGGUGAGCAGGUGGGCACGGAGAGCAAGCCGAUUGGCGUUGUGCAUGCGCAGAGCGAGCAGCAGGCGAAGGAUGCGGCGACGGCGCUGAAGGCGGCGUAUAGGAUUGGGGCGAAGGCGAAGGCGGAGAGGGAGGUGGUGCUCAUGAGGUUGUAG